AUGUUUCCGAGAGUAUGCCGCUAUGUAAACAAGAACAGAACGCGCGGUAAUGCACUUGCAUCGUCUUCUUCCUUUUCCUCAACAACGAACGAGAGCGUUGCACGUUUACUUUUUUCGCACGUCAACGGAAAGGAGGACUUAAUGAACAGAAACCAUGAGAAUGCGGAGCACAACUUCUUUCUUCGAAUUCCACCUCGACGGUGUGUUGCUAUGAAAGCGCUCUAUCCGCGCGACUUGCUCGUGAGAUUCGUUCUCGCGAGAGAAGAAAAGGAAAACGAUACGUGCACAAAAUCAGAGACGACGACGUGGUGGGUCGUCCCAGAUGUUUACGAGAAAAGUUUUGACAAGAAAGGAAAGGCCUGCUACGUUUCCUCUUCAACAGUGGCUCUUGAAACUGCAAUAAAAUCAAAUGCGUUUCGGCACGCAUUUGCCAAGAAGAACAUCAAAGUCCCCGAGGAUCUCAUAGAAGUCGUCCGAAAAGGGCUGAAACGACACGCCUUAUCGGCAGUCGUAAACGCGGUGGAGAAAGCGACUGAUAUGGUUGAAACAGCAUGGGAAGAUGACGCAACCGACGCUAGGCAGAUUUCGGAAAACCGAAGCAUAGGGGAGACAAGUACAUCAUCGGUGUUCGAUAGAAUUAGGGCGAAAAUAGACGCGUUCGAUAGCAUCAGGAACGAUAGCCGCGAAAGUAGAGUAGUAUUAAAGCCAAAAAUAGACGAAAACGAUAGAAAUAGAAAAAAAGAGAAAAAAAAUGGAGUCGUCGUUUGCGAUUUGUUUACUGCGGAAGAGCUCUCGAGCGCUCUCACAAGUGCUCUGGACAAAAGUGGCGAGAACAGUGAGAGUAGGAAUAAGAGUCUCAUCAGAAAGAUAAAGGAAUGGAUACAUUCGAACAACGACAACAACAACAACAACAACAACGAAGAAAAGUUUCUGACACUAGAAGGAGUACCGAACAAGGAUUCGUUUGCUUUACAGGUAUCGCUGCUGCGGUAUUCUGGUUUUAAUGAAUGA